AUGCAGAAACAGUUUUUCGAUUUUCAAUGGGAUCCAGCAGGAAGCAUCGCUCAACAUAUAUCGAAAUUGCAACAGCUAGCAAAUAAAAUAAAGGCGCUUGGAGGAAUAAAGCCAGAAGAUUCAACGGUGGUUUUGACGUCGAAUCUGAAAGUGCAACCGGAUUCUUCGAAAAAUACCAACUUCACGAAGAAGAAAAAGAGACUGAGUUGUUUCACGUGCGGAUCGAAAGAACAUCUGAAGAAGAAUUGUCCGAAGAAGCGAGAGCAGAGAAGAGAUUACGAUGGACCGUGCGAUCGACAGGCAUUCGUAGGUGGCACCGAUCAAAGGAAAAAUGAAAACUGCUGGUUGAUUGACUCUGGUACUUCCGAUCACAUGACCAGAUGA